AUGCUCCGACAAUUGACCUCCUUUUUCUUCGUCCUGGUCAUCACCGUGGGGAUCCCCUUGACACUCUACUUUACCACCCGGAACCAUAUUGAAGCCAUCCAUUCUUUGCUGAUCUGCGCUGUGUUGCCACUCCUGUACACCAUCCAUGUCCUCAUCCGUCACAGGCGGCUCGACGUGUUUAGCUUUUUGUUAAUGUUGGAUUAUGUGAUUGCUGGCUUGGUCUCCCUGGCAACAGGCGACGCAACAAUCACUACUUUACGCGACUCGGCAGCGACAGCCGUCGUUUCCUUGGUAUUCUAUGCAACCAUGAUCCCGCUCCGAAUACGGGACACAUGGUUUACCAAUAUUCGACCACUCACGUUUAUUCUCAGCACGGAAAUGUUGAUCGAUCCGCAUGCCAAAUACCGGUGGAUCAAUGCAAAAGGGAUGCGCCAAGAAAUGAGUGUGGUGGACUGGAUCUGGUCAGUGCGCAAGGUCCGUAUCUACCACUACUGGUUGACGGGCGGAUGGGCGACCUGUUUAUUGGUGGACUAUAUUAUCCGUGUCAUCAUGGUCCUUGGCACCAAUGUCUCCGUACACAUGGUCUAUCUCUCUGGGAGUAUCAUUGUCAUGAUCGAACUAGUGAUUAUGACCGCACUGGGCGUGAUUGUCGCGGUGCUCACCCGGCGCGUCACGAGAGAUUGGGUGCGAGACAAUGAUUAUACCGAGAAAUAUGGAUGGAAGGUCGAGCAGUUGCGGCCUUCUUCUGAAGAUAGCGACAGUAAUGGCCAAGAAGAAGAGUAUGAUGACCCUCAUCAUGAUGUAUAG